AACCUAAUAACACGGACGUUCUUAUUAGAAGUUUUCGUAGGAAGAAGUUGUGUAUGACCACGUGCGUGAAACACAUUGUUCGGAUUGAAAAGAAAAAUUACGAGCACUCAUAAUUGAUUAAAAUGGAAACAAAUGAAAUAAAAAACAAAGCAAAAUUAGUAGAAGCUUUUCUAAAAGACAAAGGUUUGGUGAAGCAGCAUAUAGAUUCUUAUAAUUAUUUCAUUAAUAAAGAAAUAAAAAAUAUUGUCAAAGCAAAUGAAAAAGUUUUAUCCAGUGAAGAUGCACAUUUUUAUAUAAAAUAUUUAAAUAUAAGAGUAGGUUUACCAGAUAUCGAUGAUGGUUCAAAUGUAAUGAAAUCAACUACACCACAUGAAUGCCGUUUAAGAGACUUAAAUUAUUCUGCGCCAAUCAUAGUAGAUAUUGAACAUAUAAGAAAUAAUCAGCGAAUAAGAAACACAAACAUGGUGAUUGGAAGGAUGCCAGUAAUGUUGCGCAGUUCAAAUUGUGUAUUAACUAAUAAAUCUCACUAUGAGUUGGCUAAAUUAAACGAAUGUCCACAUGACCCUGGUGGUUAUUUUGUUAUAAAUGGUCAAGAGAAAGUUAUAUUAAUACAGGAACAAAUGGUCAGAAACAGAAUUAUUGUGGAAGAAGAUGGCAAAGAAAUUAUUGCAUCGUGCAACAGUUUUACUCAUGAAAAAAAGACUAAAACAAGUAUUGUUGGUAAAGCUGGCAAAUAUUAUAUAAGAAACAAUAUGUUCCAAGACGACAUACUGAUUACUGUCGUUUUCAAAGCUAUGGGAAUAGUAAGCGACAUAGAUAUCAUACAAAUGAUUGGAGAAAAAGAAAAAUAUUUGGACAAAUUUAUAGCCUGUAUAGAAAAUUGUCAAGAAUUGGGUAUCUUUUCAGAGAAACAAGCAUUAAAAUAUCUCAAUAAUAAACGUAGACAAACAAGAUCAGCGCAAAGUUAUGCUGCAAAGUUUAGUGUUAUUGAUGAAAUGAAAGAUUUAUUAGCAGCUAAUGUGUUGUCUCAUGUACCUGUCAUAGAUUUUAACUUCAGAACAAAAGCAUUGCAUCUCGCCUUGAUGAUUAGAAGAGUUAUAGAUGCACAAUCUGAUCGCAAUCUGAUUGAUAACAAAGAUUAUUAUGGUAAUAAACGUCUAGAACUAGCCGGUUCCCUUCUUGCUCUAAUGUUUGAAGAUUUAUUUAAAAGAUUUAAUUGGGAACUUAAGAUGAUUGCUGAUAAGAAUAUUCCUAAGGUAAAAGCAGCACCAUUUGAUAUAACAAAAUAUAUAAGAAAGGAUACGAUCACCAAUGGACUAGCGUUUGCUAUAUCAUCGGGCAAUUGGACAAUCAAGAGAUUUAGGAUGGAAAGACAUGGUGUUACACAAGUAUUGUCACGAUUAUCGUACAUUUCAGCGCUUGGCAUGAUGACAAGAGUCCACUCUCAAUUUGAAAAGACUAGGAAAAUCUCCGGUCCACGAGCGUUGCAUGGUUCACAAUGGGGAAUGUUGUGUCCAAACGACACGCCUGAAGGUGAAGCGUGCGGCUUGGUGAAGAAUUUAGCAUUAAUGGCUCAUAUUACAACCGAAAUGCCAGAGGGGCCAUUUAUAAAAUUGAUGCGUAAUCUCGGCGUGCAAAUUAUUUAUACUUGUGUUGGAGGAGAGUUAAUUAAAAAAGACAUAUAUGUGGUGUUUGUGAAUGGUAAUAUGGCAGGCAUUAUAAAAGAGUCUCUUGUACUACAAUUAGUACACCAAUUUAGGUUGUUACGCAGGAUGGGAUACAUAGAUUGUUUCGUAUCAAUAUCUGUGCAACGUCGACAUAAAUGCGUUCAAGUCAGUUGUGAUGGUGGUCGACUAUGCAGGCCACUCAUCAUUGUCAAAGAUGGGAAACCACUUAUUGAAGAGAAACAUAUGAACUAUCUGGAGAUGAAUCUUUGGACUUUUAAUGACUUUGUUCAUGCUGGCUUGAUCGAGUACUUAGACGUAAACGAAGAAAAUGAUAGUUUGAUUGCAUGCAAGGAAUCCGAAAUUAUUGCUCAAACAACGCAUUUAGAAAUAGCAGAAUUUACAAUUUUGGGAGUGUGUGCCGGCUUAAUACCAUAUCCGAAUCACAAUCAAAGUCCAAGAAAUACUUAUCAAUGUGCUAUGGGUAAACAGGCUAUAGGAGCCAUAGGAUACAAUCAACGUAAUCGCAUCGACACUUUGAUGUAUAAUCUAGUAUAUCCGCAAAGGCCAAUAGUGAAAACACGACAGAUAGAGUUAAUCAAUUUUGAUAAAUUGCCAGCUGGUGAAAAUGCUCUCGUGGCUGUGAUGUCGUUUAGUGGAUAUGAUAUCGAGGAUGCACUUAUUUUGAAUAAAGCUUCCAUUGAUAGAGGAUAUGGAAGAUGUCUAGUAUACCGAAAUUCGAAAUGUAUAAUAAAAAAUCAUCCCAAUCAAGUGAUGGAUGUAAUUUUGGGACAAUCGUUAGAUGCUAUUACUAAAAAACCUAUACCGAAACAUGAUAUUCUUGAGAACGACGGAAUUGCAGCAGCUGGUGUAAUGGUAGAAAAUAAGAAAGUGAUGGUGAAUAAAGCAGUAUCGACGCGUAGUGGGAAUCUUGGCCCGUCGAGAUCUGAUAAUUUUCAAUCACAGGAUUAUCGCAGCGCGGAAGUUUCGUACAAAGGAUCAGUUCCGGCGUAUAUAGAAAAAGUUAUGGUAUCUAGUAAUGCAGAAAAUGCAUUUUUAAUAAAAUUGUUAUUAAGACAAACUCGAAGACCUGAAAUUGGUGAUAAAUUUAGUAGUCGUCAUGGGCAGAAGGGUGUUGUAGGUUUAAUAGUGGAUCAAGAAGAUCUACCAUUUAAUGAUUAUGGUAUAUGCCCUGAUGUGAUUAUGAAUCCACAUGGUUUCCCUUCUAGAAUGACAGUUGGGAAACUGAUAGAGGUAUUGGCUGGCAAAGCGGGCAUUGUGAAUGGGAAAUUCCAUGAUGCAACAGCAUUCGAAGGCGCUAAAGUAGAGGAUCUUUGUGAAGAAUUAGCACAACAUGGUUAUAAUUAUCUAGGUAAAGAUUUAUUCUAUAGUGGCAUGAAUGGGCAGCCAAUAACAGGAUAUCUCUUCUUUGGACCAGUUUAUUACCAGAAGUUGAAACAUAUGGUGCAAGACAAGAUACAUGUUCGUGCCAAAGGGCCAAAGGUAAUUCUAACUCGUCAGCCGACAGAAGGACGUUCCAAGGACGGUGGUCUACGUCUUGGUGAAAUGGAACGCGAUUGUCUGAUCGGUUAUGGAGCUAGCAUGUUGUUAAUAGAAAGACUCAUGUUAUCAAGUGACUCAUUUCAAGUCGACAUUUGUAACAAGUGUGGACUAAUGGGAUAUAACGGUUGGUGCCAGAGGUGUAGUUCUAGUUCCUCCAUUUCUACGAUCACGAUGCCUUAUGCUUGUAAAUUAUUGUUCCAAGAAUUACAAUGUAUGAACAUAUUACCUCGUUUAACAUUAAAGGAUUAUUGCGAUUGAUUAUCUGCCAUUGGAAUGUAUAUGUAAUAUCUGAAUAAAUUACACUAUCUUUGGAAGACAUA